ACAAAACACAUAAAAUUGAGACUAUAAUUUGUAUAUGUGUAUAUAUAUUACAUAAGAUUCAGAGCGAUGAUGUCUUUGAAAGAAGGAAUUCAGACUUUUGAGUCCAACACAAAGAGAGCAAUUGUGGCAUAUCAAAGCGUGUAUAAGUAUAUAUAUAUAUAUUUCCAAGUACCUAGCUAGCUAGCAGUUUGGGCGCCAAGAAAAUUGCUGAGAAAAUGGGGAAAAAAUAUGUCAGACUUUGCUUUGGAGGCCGGCCCCGAAGUAGUGGUUGUUUCCGGGUUCAUUCCCUUCACUGUAUUCGAUCAAAACCCAGAUCCAAUUCGUUUGGAUCAGUUGGUCAGAAAGCAGAAUUUUUUAGCCAAAUUAGUAAUAAUAAUAGAACUAUUGACAGAGCAAUUUUACCAAGAGAUGAUGAAGAUAAGAAGAUUAAUGCUAAUGGGGUUGAGUUAGCGGGGAACAAGAUAAUGAUUGUCGUUGAUUCAAGUCUUGAGGCCAAAGGAGCUCUGGAUUGGGCUCUUUCACACACUGUUCAGAGCCAAGACACUGUCGUUCUUUUUCAUGUGACCAAGCCUUCUAAACAAGACUUAACUGGGAAAGUAAAUAAUCUCAGGGCUACUGAAGUUCUUCACUCUAUGAAAAAUACUUGUGAAAAGAAAAAGCCUGGGGUGAAAGUGUUGAUAGAAUUGCAACAAGGGAAAGAAAGAGGAGCAACAAUAGUGGAAGAAGCAAAGCGACAAAGGGUGUCACUACUAGUGCUGGGUCAAAAGAGAAAGAGGUCCAUAUGGUGGAGCCUAAUGAGGAGAUGGUCAAGAAAUGGGAUUCGAGGAGAUGUCGAAUAUUGCAUUGAAAAUGCUUCAUGCAUGACCAUUGCUGUGAGGAGGAAGCACAAGAAGCAAGGAGGCUACUUGAUCACCACUAAGCGUCACAAGAACUUUUGGCUUUUGGCUUAAAUAAUUCUCUUUUAUAUAUAUAAAUAUAUACAUAAGGAGAUAAAAAGAAGUGAUUCUUCAUUGUUUGUUUUGUGAAUUUUCACACCGCAUAUACGUAUGUUAUGUAUUUGUGGAUAUUGUAGAUAUGUUUUUCUUGGUCCAACCAUUUUUUUUUUUUUUGGUUGAUAUGAUAUACAUUUGAGUUUUUGUCUACCCUAGAAAUUCAAAGAGGAAUCUAUAGAAGGGUAUAAAGGUGAAUAUUUAAUGAAAAUUUAUAUGUGGUACCGGUAAGGAGAGUCUAGACUAGAGCUGACUCAACUCUAUCUUUAAUUUGAUAACAUUUAUCAUUUUUUUUAACAAUGUCUAUUUUUAUAAAAAAUAAUUAGUGAUAAUAGUUUAACUCUAUUACAUUAUGUCGCUAUAA